CCGCCUCCUCCGUCCGCUGCGCCUCCGGCUCCGGGUCCCGCCUGGAGCCGCUGCCGUCGGGGGUCGAUCCCUGCAAGGACCCCCCGGGAAUUCUGAGCCCCCAGCGGGGGGGGGACACGGACACGGAUUCCGGAGAUCCCGGAUCCUACGGGGGCAGCUCCGGAUCCUACGGAGGCUCCGGAUCCUCCGGGGGUAGACCGGGAUCCUCUGGAGGAGGAUCGGGAUCCUACGGGGGCAACUCUGGAUCCUCUGGAAGCUCCGGGUCCUACGGAGGCAACUCUGGAUCCUAUGGAGGCUCCGGAUCCUCCGGGGGUAGACCGGGAUCCUCUGGAGGAGGAUCGGGAUCCUAUGGGGGAUCAGGAUCCUACGGGGGCAACUCUGGAUCCUAUGGGGGAGGAUCAGGAUUCUCUGGAAGCUCCGGGUCCUAUGGAGGCAACUCUGGAUCCUACGGAGGCUCCGGAUCCUCUGGGGGCAGACCGGGAUCCUCUGGAGGUGGAUCAGGAUCCUAUGGAGGAUCGGGAUCAUAUGGAGGCAACUCAGGAUCCUACGGAGGAGGAUCUGGAUCCUACGGAGGCAACUCGGGAUCCUAUGGGGGGGGAUCAGGAUCCUCCGGCGAUUCGGGAUCCUACGGACUCGGGUCCUACGGGGGCGGAUCGGGAUCAGGGAGACCCGGAGUGGGGAGACCGGGAUCAGGGAGACCUGGAUCAGGGAGACCCGGAUCCCAGGGGGGAAUUGGAUCCGGAUCGGGCAGACCUGGAUCCCAGGGGGGAAUUGGAUCAGGAUCAGGCAGACCUGGAUCAGGGAGACCUGGAUCCCAGGGGGGAAUUGGAUCGGGCAGACCUGGAUCAGGAUCAGGAUCCGGAUCAGGCAGCGGAUCCCAAGCUGGAGGCGGAUCUGGAUCCUACGGGGGCCUGGAUUCCUACGGGGACGACUCGGGAUCCUACGGAGACAACUCGGGAUCCUACGGACUGCCCGAGUCCUACGGGGGCGGAUCGGGAUCCUACGGGGGUGGAUCAGGAUCCUAUGGAGG